UCUCUGAAAUCUAAGAUCUGUCAUCGUAAAUCUGGUUGGUUGGUCAAUCGAUUAUAGUCUUCCUGACUUUUGUUAAUUCUGUCUUACAUCUAGAGUAUAUUUUCCGCUACAGAAUCACGAUGAACUUUUUAUGGGAAUUUUUCCUGACCAGGAAUACAGCUUUCUCGGUUUCGGAAAGUGAUGUCAUACAGUAUUUCCUCUCAACAAUCCCAUAGGUCAUUUAUUUUAUCUUUCGGCAAACUGGUUGGCACCUGAAUUUACAGUCACUCAUCACACUGCACAAUGGACGAAGAAGAACUUUCUUUUAUACCCUACAACACAUCUUACGUGUGGAAGCCCCCAAUAAAACUAUCUGAUUGCUCGUCUGAAUAUCUCCAAAAUUGUCCUGUUGACUACAGUCUUUUGGAAAACCCCUUUACUUCCAAACCAGACGUGUAUGAUGCCGAACAGGAAGCAAAAUUAUGGCAAGGAUUGGGCAUAUUAACAACUAGUACUAGUGAGGUCAAUAGUGAGAAGCCGCCGAGUGAGAAUCCUUAUUACCUAACAGCAGUACCCGGUCUCCACAGCAAGCGGGAGUUAAAACGAAUUCGUCGAGCUGAACGCAAAAGCAAACUGUCAAACUGGUUUGAUCUUCCGAGACCUGAUGUCACUGAAGAAGAUCGUGAUGACUUAGAAUUAAUUAGAUUACGUCGCGCUAUUUCAUCAGAUACACACGUGAGAAGAUCGGAUGGGAAGUCUGCUUACUUCCAGAGAGGUGUAGUUGUAGAUGAUCCUGGAAGCUUCUACGAUAGACUGCCGCGAAAACAAAGAGGGAAAACACUUGUAGAUGAGCUUCUAGCUAAUGCUGAAAUUAUGAAGGCUCAACGGAAACGAUAUGCCAAGAUUGCACGUGCUAUGGCUGAAAAACGGGCUGCUAUCAAAAGAAAAGAGCAACAACAAAUGAAGCGCUUAAAAACUGGUCGUAAAAAACAACAAGCAACAGUUGUUGUUCGUGAAUGAUUCACCUGUGAUUAAGCCUACAGUUUGUACAUAUAUUUGUGGAUUAAAUCGCAUUCAAUUGUAUCUUUCCGUGUUUUUAGAAUCAGGGUAUUCCAGAACAUCUUCAGUUACAAUUAUUCUCGUACACAAGAGUACUGAAAGUACUGAUUAUAUCUGUCGUGAGCCUAAUUUGACUUCAAAUUUUACAGUAUGCUGAAGAAUAAUGUAUAGUCUCACGUACAUCAAAACAAGACUCACAUUUAUUGUACGAGGCAGCUCGCCUGUGGUCGAAACUCGGUUCUAUCUACACAUUCUCGAGUAAUUGACUGGUUGAAAAUUGAAUUCUACCACCAAAUAUAAAUACUGAAGCAGUUUUUCUGAAACCA